GUAAUUCCAUGUGGGACGAGGAUGGGUGGGUUUAAGUGCAGCUGUCGGGUCUUUUCUUCUCACACGCUCUGCUGUGCGCUAAGACUGAAGACGCAAAUCAAAGCGCAGUCCACCUCUCCAUGCGAUGCGCAGCAGCUUCAACAUUUGUGAAGUGGCUGCCUCUCCCGGUCGGACCGGAGGCCGUCUCCUGGUCUCUGAUCUGGUCUCAGGAGACGCCGGAGUCGCGGCGCGCUCAGUCGGGGCCAGGCUGUGCGCCUCUCGGAUCACGCCCGAGCCGACCCGAGCUCUGGUGACGGAGAUGAUGGAAGGAGACGUUAUGGACAAGCUAGAGGACAUGUCUUCCGUGUACGACUUCGACCCGAUCACCGGCAACAUCCCCGCCACCAAGGUGGAAAUCACCGUUUCUUGCAGGAACCUGCUGGAUAAAGACACGUUUUCGAAGUCUGAUCCAAUGUGUGUGCUGUACACGCAAGGUGUUGAAACCAAACAGUGGAGAGAGUUUGGCAGAACAGAGGUGAUAGACAACACCCUGAACCCAGACUUUGUUAGGAAGUACAUCCUGGACUACUUUUUUGAAGAGAAACAGAACCUUCGCUUUGACUUGUAUGAUGUGGACUCUAAAAGCCCAGACCUGUCCAAACAUCCCGCAGAACUCAAUGACUUUUUGGGUCAGAUGUUCUGUACUCUCGGGGAGAUUGUUGGAUCACCAGCCAGUCGACUGGAAAAACCACUGGGAGGAAUUCCUGGAAAGAAAUGUGGCACCGUCAUCCUGACUGCGGAAGAGCUGAGCAACUGUCGGGACAGUGCCACUAUGCAGUUCUGUGCCAACAAGCUGGACAAAAAGGACUUCUUUGGAAAGUCUGACCCCUUCAUGGUUUUCUACAGAAGCAACGAGGAUGGAACGUUUACUAUCUGCCAUAAAACGGAGGUGGUGAAGAACACGUUAAAUCCCGUUUGGCAGCCUUUCACGAUCCCGGUGCGAGCACUUUGCAAUGGAGACUAUGACAGAACAAUCAAGGUGGAGGUGUAUGACUGGGACCGGGAUGGUAGCCACGACUUCAUUGGGGAUUUCACGACCAGUUACCGGGAGCUAGCUCGAGGGCAGAGUCAGUUCAAUGUGUAUGAGGUGAUCAAUGCAAAGAAGAAAAUGAAGAAAAAGAAAUAUGUCAACUCAGGAACGGUGACCCUGCUCUCCUUCUCAGUUGAGUCAGAAUUCACCUUCUUAGAUUACAUCAAAGGAGGAACACAGAUCAAUUUCACUGUGGCCAUUGAUUUCACAGCAUCAAACGGAAAUCCCUCUCAGUCUACUUCAUUGCACUACAUGAACCCGUACCAGCUGAACGCCUACGCCAUGGCCCUGAAGGCUGUUGGGGAGAUCAUUCAGGACUAUGACAGUGACAAGAUGUUUCCAGCUUUAGGUUUUGGAGCUAAACUGCCACCUGAUGGACGCGUGUCUCAUGAGUUCCCUCUGAAUGGAAACAUGGAGAAUCCCUACUGCAAUGGUAUUGAAGGCAUCUUAGAGGCGUACCAUCAAAGCCUAAAGACGGUUCAGUUAUACGGGCCGACCAAUUUCGCCCCUAUAGUGAACCAUGUUGCCAGAUACGCAGCAGCAGUGCAGGAUGGAUCUCAGUAUUUUGUCCUCCUCAUCAUCACGGACGGCGUCAUUUCGGACAUGGCCCAAACCAAAGAAGCCAUUGUAAAUGCUGCCAAGCUUCCCAUGUCCAUUAUUAUUGUUGGAGUGGGCCAGGCCGAGUUUGAUGCUAUGGUGGAACUGGAUGGCGAUGACAUCAGGAUCUCAUCCCGAGGGAAGCUAGCAGAGAGAGACAUUGUUCAGUUUGUCCCUUUCAGAGACUACAUGGACCGGACAGGGAACCAUGUAUUAAGUAUGGCGCGGCUCGCCAAAGAUGUUCUAGCAGAGAUCCCCGACCAGUUCAUCUCCUACAUGAAGAGCCGAGGAAUCAAACCCAACCCUGCACCGCCUCCCUACACACCACCUGGACACACACACCACCACACACAGAUCUGAGGCCCUGUUCGUUGCUUCUGAGAACUGAUAGCAUGCAGCAGCCACUCUAGAGUCCAGUGGGAACUCUCUACCUCCUGAUUUUUUGGUGUUCAUGGGAAGCAGGGCACCAUGAUAUGGGUGUACAAUCUUGUGCUGUACCCUCCCAGUGACUACAGCAGCAGAACCCCGUUGUUUUAUGUUUUUUUUUUUCUUCUGUAAUACAUUUCUUUGGAGCCUUUCUUCAAAUAGGGGGUUGACCAAACUUUUCAGGACUUGUUGGUAAAAGCCUUUUGGGCAGUGACUGUUUCACGUCUGAUCUGACAGCAAGUUGCUUCACAAAGGUCAUGUUGUGGUUAAAACUUGUGCCUGUCUGUAGAUGUUUCUCUCAGUGUUUGAGGACGUACAAACCUGAUCUAGGCCUUGCUCGUCAGUCAUUGGUGUGGCCUAUUACAGUAAUAUUUCAUAGGCACCUUCUCGAAUAAGUUUUUAUAUUAGAGGAAGAUUUCCAUAUCAGUUAUGAUGCUUUUUACCACCCACCACCACCUGUCUGCUUUAUUAAGUAAAUGUUUAUAUGAGCAUGUUGUAUGAGAAAUGAAAUCCCAUAAUCCAGUGUUUAUUCUCAGAUGUUUAAGCAUGAUAGGUUUAUUUAAACGCACCAUAUCCAACCUAAUCCAUUUGAAGCAGUUAAACAUUCAUAACGACUGCAUUUAAAAGCCUGCACACUAAUUAUUGAUUGUACCAGGUUAAUCACAUUCCAUCCCUUUGAGUGCUGCUACUCAAUCAUUUUUAAGAAAGUACAACAUUUAUUCACAAUGGCCAAAAUGUUUUGCACUACGGCUAUAAUUUAUGUUAAACAUUCAUGAAAAUUGUUGCAUUUUCACUUUGACUCAAUGCAGAUGCAUUUCAGUCACAGGGGAAGCUGCUCAUUAUGGCAUGAACUAUUUUAUUUAUUAUACUUUUGAAGCAUUAAACCCUCCAACCUUCCCAGCAAAUGAGUUUUACUGCUAAUAAAUAUUUCUGAAUGUGUGUUCAGCCAGGGGUCAGAAACUUGUUUAGUAAGAAAAUAGGUUGUCGUCCAUUUUUCUGUUAAAUUACAGUUUAUAAUAUAUGGAAUUAAAUUAAUAAUUUAACUACCUAAUGAAAGUCUAUUUUGUAUAACAGAUUUUUAAUAAGACUUAGUAAUAACCUCUGAAGCUGAAACAUUAGUGGUCACUCACCAGUAGUUAUGUGGCCUAAAGGAUCAUAAAACCAACCUUGGAAAUUUUGAUUAUGAUAGAGCAGUUCUUUCUCCCAGUGUUUAACUGGGACUGUAACAGUCGAAGGUUAAACUUUCUAAUAAUGUGUCCGCUGCAUUCAGAAUGUCUGAUUACCAAUUUUCAUUUAAAGUGGCCCUGUGUAGUUUCCUGCUGCUCGGGGGCAGUACAUACAUUUCAGGUUAGUUUGACACCAUGUUGCUGUGACUGUCGCUAGUUUGAACAAAAAAACAUUAUGGUAAAUGUUGCUGCCUGUGGAGCAGAAAGCAUGGGACCUCGGGGUGACUCCUCAGACUUUGAUGAUCCUUCAGUUAAUCCAUCUAGAGAAUGCAAUGCUGAUGCUAGUUUUCUGGUGCUAUAGUUUCCGAAUUUGCUCGGGGUCCUGCGCCUGUUGAUGAUGUCAUCACGCCACAGCAACGCUGCUCAGCCAAAAUAUAUUGCAUCUGUUUUUCGAUUAUGUUCGUUCACAUUGGUUUUGGAAAGAGUCUAGUUUUGUUGAUAAAUUCACUCUUCUUUCUGCCCAAAUAUUACUGAACAUGGUAACAUAACAUCUGUAAGUUGCACGUUCAGCCAGUCAUCUAGUUUGACAUCAUCAACAGGCACGGGGCUCCAACCCGACCAGAAGGGAACAUGAUGUCUAAUAUGGCGUCCCCCAAAGACGCUAGACCCGCACCCUAUGUACUUUAGACCCAAUUUUUAUGGCUAUAUGUUACAAAGCCGCCGAUGUUUAUCAACAACUGGGCAUAAUUUUAUUCAUUUUCAACAACGAUGAAUAUUUUGAGAGAUUGAUGGUAAAAACUACACAUUGUCUCUUUAAGUUCUUUUCAAAAACAUUUAGUUUGUCCUGUGGAAGCAGUGGCCUACCCAUUAAAGGUAAAGGAGGGGAAUGAUUAGCUCUGAGCAUUCAAAAAGCACACAAGCCAAGGCCAUGGUGGAUUAUUAAUAAGUUAAUUACUACUAUUGUGUUCUUAAUGUGGGAGCAUAGUGGCAGUGCAUCCAUUAUGAGCUGUAGUGGCUUUAUCGCUGUUAAAAGACAGAGAACACCAUGAACCUGAUCGAUUUGUAGAUCCAAAUUUGUGAGAAGAAAAAAAAAUCUAUUGCUGUUUCCAAAACUGUUUGCAAUAAUUGUGUAAUUUCAGCCAGGAUGGCAGAUUGUAAUCCAACAUUAUAAAUCAAUAUUUCAUCUUCAUUUCAGGAUUCAGGCGCAUCUAAAGGCUUAUACAGAUUAUUUUCAGUUAGUAUAAAAUGGCUCCUCCAUUCCUAAAGGUUGCAGACUCCUGUUCUAGUGUAAUAACAAAACACUUGGAAGCUUGUUGCUAAAGUAUAAAGCCCGGAACAAUUUCUAGCUGGUAAUUCCUCAGCAGCACCAUGGUAGCAUCUCCCUGAAGGAGGUUUUGCUGCAAUAGUGACAGAUUGAAGUCUUAAUCCAGCAUUAAGUGGAGCCAACAUCCUUGCUAUGUACAAUCAUGCCACAAGUAUUGUUUGCAGUUCUGUAAAUGACAAACUCAUGAGAUAACUUAUUAAGUAAUAAAGCUACAAAAGACUACUCAAAAGGGAAAUCUGACAAACUUAAAAUUUCAUUUUAUUCGAUGAUAUUUAGUUACAGCAAAUCUUCUCACACAAGGAGUUUAAAUUUACUUAUGAAUAAAUUAAUUAGCAGGCAUGUAGCUUACAUUCAUGAGAUGUGUUAUAUUUUAGUUUUGUCCACUUUUAUCACUUUGCACGUGUGUGUGCGCGUGUGUGUGUGUGUGGUUUUAUUCUAGUAAAUGUGCUCUAUAAAAGCAGGUAAUCUUGUGUUUUGAAUCAAGUUUUAAAAUGCUGAAACUGAUUUCUGCACUAUGUUAAUCUGGCAUAUUGGAUAGUGAUGUAGGAAAGCACCGUGUGACAACAUAAACUCCGUCUAAUGUCUUCAGGAAUUAGCAGCUUCAUUAAAGGCUAACACACAUGGGAUUUGGAUUUUUUACCAUUGCUGUACAGAAUACAGCAAGCAAAUAUGCAGCACGCUUGUUUUUCAUCAGUUUAUUUAAACCUGACUAACCAUUGCUGCCUGGUUGAGUCUGUUUCUGAGUAUUAAAAACCACAAUGUAAAGAAUUCCCAAGGCCCUGCAUCCAGAAACUAGCUAAAACUCAACCAUUUCAUUCUUCUUUAAACAGUUACAGACAAAACUGGGCAAGGAAAGAAUACCCUAACCCAGGAAAUCUGAACACUAACGCUGAAUGGGUAACACCGUAAUUAUUCUGUUUUUGUUCAAGACAGUAUCAUUAUCACUCAGAAAAUGUGUUCAGAGUAAAAAGCCAUUAUCUCUGCUCUAUGCAAAUGCAUUCCCUGGCAACGUUUUCUGAAUCAUACCAGAAGGAAUGCCUGUUGUCAAAGAGAGCCUAUUUCCUGGAUUCUUUCACUUAUGUCACAGAAGAUGAGUUGUUGCAAGUCUCUGGUGGGACUGCCUCAUACAAAACAUCACAGGGAAGAAAAAUGAGAUGCAGCAUUAAAGGAAGCAAACUGACAUGAGCUAGGUUAAAGUGUGAGUGUUGGAGGUCAGUGAGGAAAAGCACAACAUGCAGUGUCAGACGACCUGCUCUCACAUAGAGCCUUUACUGGGCCAACAUUUACAAGCUUCGUGUGUUUAAAAAGAUGAAAAGAAACACAUUGAGGAAAAUGCUUCUCUUUUUGCUUAUCAGAGGAAAAUGAUGUGAUAAAACUGGACUCUGCCUUAUACAGUAGCUUCAUUAAAGACUCUACUUCUGGCUUUCUACUUGAAAAGGACAGGACACCAGAACAUCACAAAAAAGGCAAAAACUGAAAGCAUUAUUCACACUUUUUGCAUUAAAUACAAGAUUCACUUUCCACCUUUCUUUUGAUUUCUACACCGUGUGCAGAUUUAUGAGUAAUUGUUAUUUUUAGCUGCACUUUAUAAGUUAUAUUAGCAACCUUGCAUGAAACUUUUACCAGAGAUGUUUCAGCUUUUAGGUCAGUUUGGAUCUGGAGCUCAUGGCGGGAUCUGCUUUAUUCUGUCUUUGAAUAACUCAGUCUCAGUCAUUGCUCCAUGUUUGAACUUACUUGUGUAGACUUAAGCCGUGUUUCUACUGAAGGAGUUAUGGAAAUGUUGAGAGAGGGGGUAAGGUGACAGGGAAAAUAUGCUGGCUCGGUCCAACCAGCAUUUGUACCUCCAUACAAAAUUGUCCCCUUCAGGACUUUGCUAAGACGUCAGCAUCAUGUCCAUUCUGGCAGUGAGUGAUGUGCUAUGGACAUUUUAAAAAGUAUUCUGUCAAAGUAUGCUGUAAUUACAUCUAUUCAGAGCACGGGGAGAGAACCUGUGUCAUGUAAGAAGUAACAUUCAAUUAACCAGAAGGUUUUUUUUACAGUGUUUUGUGGACCAUUUAGUGGCCACAGUUACAGACAUGUGGGGGUUUUCUGCCACAUUGUUCCGUAUUGGGAGUUUAGAAACUGAUUUUAUAGCAUCAGUGCUUAAACAACCAUUUGGUGGUUUAACUCCCAAUCUAACCCCUUUUAAUGCUGAGUUUCAAGCAGGGAGGCAUUGGAUCAAAUUUUCUUUCAAAGUCUUUGGUAUGACCCGACCCGGAGUUAAACCCUGAUCUCUCAAUCCCAGGGAAGACAGUCAUACCCCUAGGCCACUGAGCUGUUAUUGACAUGUUUGUGGUCCUUUGGGCUUGCCGUAGAAGGACAUGUAGGGGUUUAUGGGGGUUGAAGAAGAAAAACAAAAGAAAGAAUGUAAACAAUGUUUUGGGAUCUUUUUUAUUUAACAUAAACACAGAAAACAUUUUCUUGGCAAUCCAUGUCAUUGUUUGUGGAGAAAAGUGUGAAAAUAAAAGAACACAGAAAUACCAGUGGAGCUGGGUUGGCGCAUGCACUCUGGGAGCAGUUCUGGUAUUUAGCCACAGCUCUGCUUCAACAAUGAUAACCUUCAUGAGGGAAAAUAUCAAACAUGUUUAAUAUUCAUGCAACCGUAAGCUUGCUGAUCGGGAGCUGGCUGUGAGGUGUUAAUCUCCUCCCGUUACUUCUAUACAACGCUAAACUCAACCCCGACCGCAAAGAUUCUCACACAAGAGGAAAAUUGGCUCAAAAUUAGCCAAAAAUCCAGCAGUGUACACCCAGCUUGAGUUAGAACCAAUCAGCCUGAGUUAACCACAAGCCCCACCCAGUGAAGUGAAAUGGUCUGGAAAGUGGUCCUUUUGGGCCGGCCUGGUGAAAUGGAGACACAUGCAUGCUGUGAAGGUCCGGUAAAACCUCUCAGAGGUUCAGAUGGUGGAAACAGACCUUUAGAAGCUGGUGGAGAAGGUCAGUACUAUCUGUCUCAGAAUAAGAAUAGUUCUCAUAAUUCUCCAGAUUUUUACUGCGAUCAGGUGAAAAGGUGCUUUUCUGAAAGCUUUUUGUGUUUAGUUAAGCUGGUUUUAGAAAUAUGUAAAACGGGUAAAGUGAGUUGACAUUUAAAACCAACACCGCAGAAUCAUUCCCAUCAAAAACACUCUUUGGAAGAUUUGUUGAAGCACAAAAGUUUUUGGAUUUCCAUCUCCAAAUUGAUGUUGCUGCCUUGCCUCUCUUACUUCACAGAUUACACUGUAGAAACCUCUCUUCUGGUAAUGCAUUUGACUGGUAAUGAAUUCAGUUUCCUGGCUAAUUUGGCUCUAAUUAACAAAGAGAAAUAGAUAUUUGAUCAUUUUAAGCCAACAGAGAAAUGAAGAAGCAGAAUUUAUUUCACCUGAGAAAAACUCUGAAGAACUGUUUAAUGUAGCAAACUCUAAAAGCCUUAAAUAUUUAAAAUGUGGUCAUUGAUUCUCAUUUAGUUUGCAGCUGAGAUGGAUGUAUGUGUGGUCUAACUGCUGGUUUGUAUUCAGAUGCACUCACCACUCUCCUGGGAAAAGUUUUCCCUAUUUUCGUUGAGGCAUGAAGCAAAAGAGCUUUAAAUAAAUUAUUAAGAUUAAUCAAAGCAGUAUGACAGGAUCACGCACAGGACCUUCAUCCAUAGCACCGAAGAGGGAUUUCAGAAACAUUUCUGGUAAAAAUGUUUAAUUAUGGCAAAAAACUUUUGAAGAAAAAAAUAACUGCUUAAACCUUAAGAUGAAUGCCUAUUGUAAAUGUUUUAUAUAUAUUUUGGGAAUAUUUCAGUAUUUAUUAGAUUUGUUUGUUCUUUGUUUUCUUUUUAGAAAUUUAUAUAAAGCCAUUGCUCUUUUAUAUUUUUAAACCUGACGUACUGUUUUGUCGAUUUGCAUGUUUUCUAAUGCUACAGUAGUAAAUUACACUCAGUGCCAUCCUCCAGUGGAGACUCUGUCUCUGUAUCAGGCAUGGCAGAAACAAUAGACUGUAUGGUAUUUCUUCUUUCUUGCACCUGGUUCCUGAAACACUGUUCCUGUCUUAUCAGUAGUAUAAAAUACUAAAUAGAUAAAAUAAAACUACCUGUAGCUGAUCUGCAUGUUACAUUUAACACAUUUUAUGUUGCCUGUUCAUUUCUUGAGUUUUAUUCCACCGUUUUACUUCAUUGUUUGGUUCCUAUGAGUUUACCGGUUUGCAUGACUUCCUGUUCUGACAUCUCAAGAGUUUAUCUUGUACAUGAUUAUUGUCAUAUAGUGGGUUGUGAAAUGGUUUGUAUUGAAUUGCCUUAAAUGAACAUUAUUAAAAAUGGCUACUUUUAUAAAA